UUGCGUAUAAGAUAGACAUUAAAAAUGAAAUGGCCACCGUAUAUAAAUUGAUAUGUUUAAAUGUUACAAAAAGGAAAAUUUUGCAAAAAUGAGGAAAACAAAAUGCUUGUUUAUUGUGUUGAUUGUUACGUGCUUUUGCUUUUGUAAAACAUCCGACUUGCAUACGCCAAAAGCAAUUAAAAAACUUAGAGAGAAACGUGCGCGUGAAUUAAAUAAACAGUUAUUAGAAAACAUAUCAGCAAUAAAUGUUCAUUACAAUAAUACAAAGCGCAAUAUUAUCCCUUUAUCAAAUAUAAAUGAAGAACAAAAAUUAAUAAAAAAUCAAAACCAAAGGAGCUACCGGUUGUCGGGAAACAACACAAAAAGAGAAUAUGUUUUUUAUCCUGAAGGAGGAGAUCAUUUUUUACAUCAAAACCAUUACAACGAAGUUGCUGAUCUAAAUCCUUCGUAUAUGCAUCAUGAAAAUGGAUGCUGCGGGGAAGGAUGCUGCGAUAGUUGUUGCGAGAACGAAGAAGUAGGGCCGGAAGAAAUUCCGAUUGAGUAUACACAUACUCAUCAUCUGGUUCACCAUCACCAUCAUGUUAUCCAUGGUCGGUGUGAUCCAACACCAUGUUUAAAUUCUGGAACUUGCACAAUUUUAGCACAUGGAUAUGAGUGCACUUGUCCUGUUGGAUACCUUGGCAUUCAUUGUGAAACCCGUAGCCAAUGUGAACCUAAUCCUUGUCGAAAUGGAGGAACAUGUUAUGAUGUUGGUGGAAGUUUUGAAUGUGUCUGUCAAACUGGAUUUAAAGGGCUUCAUUGUGAAGAGGAAAACAAAUGUCACCCAUCACCAUGUAAAAAUGGUGGAACCUGUACUGAGACUGAAGAAGGAUUUGAGUGUUCAUGCAAAGAGGGAUAUAAAGGAAAGAUUUGCGAAGAGAUUAAUCAAUGUAGCCCAAGUCCAUGUAAAAAUGGUGGAACAUGUGCUGAGAGAAAUGGGAAAUUUGAAUGCACUUGUACAAUUGGAUUUAAAGGAGUCACUUGCGAAGCGAGAAGUAGUUGUUCAUCAAAUCCAUGUUUAAAUGGUGGCACUUGCAAUGAAGAAAACUUUGGCUAUUCAUGUUCCUGUAGAAGUGGAUACAAAGGACAAAAUUGUCAAGAUCAUGUAUGCCAUCCAUUGCCAUGUGCAAAUGGAGGUACUUGUUAUGUUAAAAAUGGAAAUGCAUUUUGUGCAUGUGCAGAUGGUUUUCUUGGAGAAAAAUGUCAAUCUGCAAGCCCAUGUGUUGCACAACCUUGUCUAAAUGGAGGAACAUGUUAUGAGUAUUUUAACGAAAAUGUUUAUCAAAUACCUGUUUUUAUUAGCACAAACAACGUCAUGUAUCAUUGUCAUUGUCCUGAUGGGUUUUCUGGAAAAAACUGUGAAGAUGAUGAAUGCAGAUUUUGCGAUCCACAUGCAAUUUGUGAGAAAGGCAAAUGUAUUUGCAAAGAAGGAUAUCAAGGUGAUGGAAAAGUUUGCGUUAGAAAAAGUUUGUGUCACCCUAACAACCCUUGUUUAAAUGGUGGCACCUGUAAAGACUACCUUGGUUCAUAUGACUGCAUAUGUCCACUUGGAUGGACUGGAGAACAUUGUCAAGAUCGAAAGUAUUGUGAACCUAAUCCAUGCAAAAAUGGUGGAACCUGUAUACCAUUAACUGGAGGCUUCAAAUGUUUGUGUGAAGGUUAUAAAGGAAAAGAAUGCGAAAAGCCUGAUCCCUGCCAGCCUAAUCCAUGUUUACAUAAUGGUAGAUGCAACGAUUUCAAUGGUAGUCCUACUUGUGAGUGUGAACUGCGAUACUCAGGUGAUAAAUGUCAAGUUGAUAAUUGUGAACGCUGCCACGUGAAUGCUCAAUGUAUUAAUGGUCAUUGUGAGUGUAAUACUGGCUUUGAAGGUGACGGCAUUAACAUGUGUCAAAGGGUUGAUGAACGUUCAAAAGAUCCAUGCAUAAAUCAUCAAUGUCAAAAUGGAGGCACAUGUGUAACAGAUAUUAUUACAUGGGGAUAUAAGUGUGUUUGUCCAGAUGGAUUUGGGGGUAGAUACUGUCAAGAUCACUUAUCUGGUGGUAGAGGUGAUCCGUGUUUAAACAACCCAUGUCUAAAUGGUGGGACAUGUGUUGCUGUUGGUGAAACAUAUCAAUGUGUUUGUAAUAUUGGCUUUAAAGGACCAAAAUGUGAAGAACCAUCACCAGGGGGAGGAUCACAAGCUGUUUGUCAUCCUAAUCCUUGUUUAAACAGUGGUAGCUGUAAAGAAAAUGGUAAUGGGUUUGAUUGUAUUUGUGAUAUGCAGUACACUGGAAGUUUGUGUGAAGUUGACAAGUGUGCUAAAUGCGACCCUCACGCCAAAUGUAUCAAUGGACAUUGCAAAUGCAGAAAUGGAUGGACAGGAAAUGGGUAUGAGUGUAUUAAAGACGAUGGUUGUGGUGGCAAAUGUGGGUUUUAUGCGGAAUGUGAAACUCACGUAUGUCAAUGUCAGCCUGGAUAUGUUGGCAAUGGGUAUACUUGUUCAGCUGCUCCAAAUCACCCAUCUUCAUGCGGCAUAUGUGGAACAAACCAGAUGUGUUCUCCGACCACCGGAACAUGCGUAUAUAUUUAAAUAAAAAUAAAUGCUUUACUACUGUUUUGUACAAGCUAAAAUGUAUACAUAUCAUAUCAGGGUUCGUUUGAUGGAUAUUAUUCAAGAGAAGGAUGUCUUAGAAAAAAGAGGCCGCAACAGAGUUACAGUUUGUUAUGUCUUUUUUGAUGCGUUGCUUAUCAAAGCUUGCACAGCUUGAUGCGUUUUUACAGAAGGUGUCUUCAAUUUA